AUGACUUCCAUUUGUAAUAUGUUAACAUUUUUAUGCGUGAUUUAUGGUUUGAUUGGUAUUAUUGGUAUUAUUCAGUGUCUUGUUGGCAUAUUUUUAACAGUUAUUCAAAAUGAUUCCAUAUCACUCAAUCAUUUAACAAAAACAAUUAAAUAUGAUGCCUAUUUAUUUUACAUAGCCAUUGCCUUUAUUGGUUUAGGUUCAAUUAGUUUACCAUUAACAGGUCUCUCACUUCAUUCGGCUAUAAAUCGUUUGAGAUCCUUAAUAUGUCCCAUUGUCCUCGUACUCAUUGUCUGUUUACUUAUGAAUCUAUUAGCAUCGAUUAUCGCUUUUCUCUAUUUUUACAUUAUCGUUCCUCAACUAAAAUAUUUGAUGUUAGAUACACUUAAUAAUCAUUAUUAUGUUGAAGCGAAAAACACAUCUUCUUUAUUGGCAUUGUCGUCCAUAUCAUCACAACCGUAUUCAGCCAUAAAAGCAUUAGAUUAUUUUCAAGAGAAAUAUCAAUGUUGUGGAAUUAAUUCAAAACAGGAUUAUCUUUCAUUAUCGUCGACUCCUCGAAUAGCUUUACCAUUGUCUUGUUGUCGUAAAACAUCAGUAUCAGUUCUACCAAAUAGUCAAGAUUGUUGGAAUCAAACAGGCGAUGGAGACGGUAUAAAUUUAGAUGGAUGUUAUUCAAAUAUUCAUAAAUUUUUAACUAUUGAAAUAUGGCUAAUCAUUGGCAUUGCUCUUAUAUCUGCACUGUUACAAUUCCUUGCCAUCAUUUUAUUAGUCAAUACUUAUCGUGAUAAUAAAAAUCCAAAAUUUAUUAUUAAUCAUACUAAUAACAAUCAUGAUGUGAAUACAAAAUCGAUGGAAACAAUCGAAGAUACUGUUGAAAUUACACAAAUAUAA